AUGGCACCACUCUACGCCGCGUUCGCUACGAACCAUUCUGGCCAUUUUCAGGUCUCCUCUGUCCAUUCGCUGUACUAUGAAGACUGUGGAAAGCCUGAUGGCGUCCCUAUCCUCUAUCUCCACGGUGGGCCAGGUGGAGGCAUAGAUGAUGGUGACAGACGCUACUUCGACCCAUCCCACUACAGGAGCAUCCUCUUUGACCAGCGCGGCUCGGGAAAGUCCACGCCCUCGGCUUCGCUAGAGGAUAACACUACCUGGGAUCUCGUAGAGGACAUUGAGAAGCUGCGUGAGCAUCUCCAUGUCGACAAAUGGAUUGUCUUUGGUGGCUCUUGGGGCUCGACUCUCUCGCUUGCUUAUGCCCAAAAACACACUGAACGGUGUCUGGGCUUGAUCCUGCGCGGGAUAUUCACUCUCAGGAGGAGCGAGCUGGAAUGGUUUUACCAGAGUGGCGCGGACAUGCUAUUUCCUGACUACUUCGAGCAUUACAAAGCCAUGAUUCCUGAGUCUGAGAGAGGUGACAUGAUGGCGGCUUAUUAUAAGAGACUGACUGGGAGCGAGGAGCAGGAGAGGCUCAGAUGUGCUUCGGCUUGGAGUACAUGGGAAAACGCGACGAGCAAGCUGAUUGUCGACCAAGCGUACAUCGCCCGCGGCGAUGAUCCAAAGUGGGCACUCGCAUUUGCAAGGAUAGAAAGCCAUUUCUUCGUCAAUGGUGGCUGGAUGGAAGAUGGGCAGCUGAUUAAAAACGCGCACAAGAUCAAGCAUCUUCCGAUCUCUAUCACGCAGGGCCGCUACGAUGUCGUAUGUCCCGCCAAGACGAGCUGGGAGCUCUAUCAAGCUCUUGGAGGCAAGGAAAAUGCAAAUGUGGACUAUAAGAUUGUCGGCGACAGUGGGCACAGUGCACAUGAGAAGUCGAUAGAAGAGGCUUUGGUGGAUGCUGCUGACAGGUUCAAGUCGCUGAAAGCAUAG